ACACAUUCCACGUACAUGACAUAUCGGUGCAUAAUACUGUCAAGAGGGGACGACUGAGGACGAUUAUAUUUAUUCCCAGAUAAGAGAAAGAUACAUAUCCUAUUUCAGUUAUAAAUAUGACACGUGAUCUCGAAUACGAAUUAAGAUUCGUAUGAAAGUACAAACGAUACAAAAUAAAUAUAUACGUAUACACACGAUCUCACGGGUAUACACUAGGGAAAAAUAUCGUCAGUGUUUAGUUCUGAGAGCGCAUAAACAUGUUUAACGAGACGAGGGAACGAGCGAAUUAUUUUUACGUUUGUCUACAUUUUGCAUAAUAAUAAUAAUAAACGGAAUUGAGAUCUCAGUAUUUGUUGAGGAGUAAGGAGGGGUCCCCCACUGAUCAAUAUGAAUUAAGUGAUGGCACCUGCAGCGAAGGACAGAUGGAUCAGACGUUUUAUAAUUACCGAAACGAAGCGGCACAAGAAGGGCUUCACGAUCUACAAAGUUACUUCUAUGAUAUUUCUGAAAUCCUCCCACGAGGAGGUGUCGAAGGUGUCGGUGUGGAAGCGCUACAAUGACUUCAAGAAGCUUCACGCCGAGCUCGGUCACUUGCACAAGCGUUACGGGACGAAGGAGAGCUUCCCGGCUUUCCCCAAGUCGAAGUACUUCGGCAGAUUCGAGGCCGAGGUUGUGGAGGAGAGGAAGAGAUGCGCGCUCAAGUUUUUGGAAUUCGUCGGACGGUACUCGUACUUGUACACGAGCGAUAUCUUCGUAACGUUCUUCGACACCAGUCACGCGGACAGUUGCGGCAACGAUUGCGCGCAUUCCCUGAGCUCCGACACGUCCGAGGACGAUCGCGUUGCCGCCCUGAGCGACGCCGCGCACGUCGUGAAUGACAACGCGGUGCCCGCGAGCGCCUGCCGAGCGCCUGUUCAAGUCCCGUUGAAGGCGGGAUCGCAAAGUGCACUGACGAAUUCGCGCUCCACGUUGUCGGGCGUCAUUUGCGCGAACAAGAAUGAACUCGCGGCACAUCGGAGGAAGAAUGAAUCUCACGGCGAUAUCGAUUUGCCGAAUGCCAACGUCAGCAGGGAGGAGCAGAGCUACAAAACGGCCAAGUUGCACACGCGGGGUAACGUCGCCAAACAUCACGAUGCGCAUCAGAACAAGAGUUCCGACAGGCACGACGUGACGGCACUCGGCGACGUGUCGGGUUUCGACAGUCUGAACAACAAUGUCAGUAAGCCCCUUUCGAAUUACGACAUUCCGCAUCCCAACGCGUAUUCGGCGAUAUUGCGCGAGGAGGUGAACGUUCGCCAGGCACGGCCGGACAUCACGCAGUACCUCUUGAUAGCGGCCGCUCACAUAAGCGCGGCCUUCAAGCACGAAUCCAUAGCGGAGUACGAGGAAGCUUUCACGCAGUACAAACUGGGAAUAUCGUGCCUGAUAAACGGCGUGCAGUUCGACCCGGACGGCACGAGAGUGCCGGGCAUAAAGGACAAGAUAUCGAAGUACUUAGCACGGGCCGAGCAAUUGUACAACGAGCACCUGAAUUGCAACGUCUCGAAAGUGAGCAAACCGGUGUCGGAGCUUCAACACUAUAAAGUGCUUAAGAUAAUGAAAUCCGUGAUGCUCGUAACGGACAUGCGUGCGAAUUGUAACAGAAUAAUCAAGACUGUGGAGAAAUCCUGUAUUUACGAGGACAGUAUAAGCAAUUAUGUGUUGCACAAACAGGUACCUUACAUGGUGCAUUUAUACGCGUGUAUUGAAACUGAGACUAGUGUAUUUUUAGUCCUGCAAUACGCAAGCUGUGGAAGACUGUGGGACUUCGUGGACCUGCAUUACGGAGUAUCUGACAUUCCGUGCAACGUAAUUCCAAAUCGCACAUGUACAAAUGGAGAUAUCAACGGGGAGGUCAAUUGCAAUGAAAAUCUUCGUGGACCAAAUAAAGCGGAUAGAAUUAUGGAAAACAAAUUACGGGGGAAUAGUCAAAGCGCGACGGACGUUCGAAGUGAGAUCCAUAUGGAAAUGCCUACAACGCAAUUAUUAGAAAAGUCGCAGGAAUUGUUACAAUCCGUUAAUGCAACGUUGAGAAGAAGCAAUUCCAUCGUGAAUCGAUUAAACGAGUACAAAGAAUUGAGACAUUCGGAUGGUGUACCGUCGCCGAAUGCGAAGACUGUCACGCAGAUCUCGGAAGGGUCAGAUCUUGUGUUAUCUAAUGCUUAUCGCAACAAAUCACUAGAUUCUAAGAAGAUAGUCGGCAUUGUAGUAGAGAAUUCUUCGACAAAAGGUUUAAAGAAUAAAGAUCUGAAAGUCAGUGAUUCUUCAUUGACGAACAAUAACGAAAAUGUGUCGAGAAAUAUUUGUGCAGCCACAUUAAACGGAAGUUGUAUGGCUCGCGAUUCGCUCAAAAAUAAUAAAGUGGAUAAUUUAUCGUGUAACAACUCUACUUCGAAGACUACUUCAAUGCGAAACGCCUCGACCAAUAAUAUAGUGCACAUCUGUGAAAAUAAUAAUACCGAAAGUAUAUCCAAUCAGAUAAAUUCAAACGUUAAUUGUAACAUUGACGAAACACAAUAUCUGUAUCAAGAGAACAAUAUAGAAUAUAUAGACGAAGAACAGACAUUUUGGCAAGUACCGGAAUCUGUAAUUCGAUCGUGGGCAGCUGAGAUGCUUUUGGCUUUGGAGGCACUUCAUCAGCAGAAUAUCCUGAUUCUCGACUUCAAACCCGACAAUAUUCUCCUCGAUGACGCGGGACAUAUCCGGCUUACUUAUAUCAUACCGCAGCACAAUGUUGAAUUAUCUAAACUAACAUAUCCGUAUUCGUCACCCGAGUUGGUAACGUUCUCUCCGACCGUUCUCGUCACAUCCGCUACGGACGUCUGGAGUUUCGGAGUUAUUUUGUACGAGCUACUCACCGGCACUAUGUUUAUCAGGAAUCAUCCAGGAUCAUUUCAUUCACAUUCCGCAAUUAACAUUCCUAGCAGAUUAUCGGAAAGUGCAAGGUCUUUGUUAUAUGGCAUCCUGAAAUAUUAUCCAGAGGAACGACUGACGAUAGAUGAGAUAAAGCGGCAUCCAUUUUUCGCAGGACUCGAUUGGUUAAUCAAUUCUCAAACUUAUUAAUAUUUACGUUAUUAAGGAAUUCAUAGAUUUUUAUUUUUGUUAAAAUAGCUUUAAAAGCAUUUAUUAUAUAAUGGAGGUAUAAAUAGAUUUUCUGGAGACGCACAAAAAUGUAUGUCAGUAUUAUAAAAAAAAGGUCAUUUUACUUAAAUUAUAUAUAAUAAUGUCAAAACAGUUAUUUUAUCUUAAAAUUUGUUACAUAAAUUAUUUAGAUUUUGCUUUUUCUAUAUUCAGAAGAACGACUGACGGUAGAUGAGAUAGAGCGGCAUCCAUUUUUCGUAGAAAUCAAUUGAUUGAAUAUCAUCAAUUCUCAAACUUAUUAAUAUUUACGUUAUUAAGGAAUUCAUAGAUUUUUAUUUUUGUUAAAAUAGCGUUUAAAAGCAUUUAUUAUUAUAUAGUGGAGAUACAAAUUGAUUCUCUGGAGACGCGCAAAAAUGUAUGUCAGUAUUAAAAAAAAAA